GUCUAUAUAAGAUGGCAGCUGGGCGUUCCUGCAUGUAGCUCACGGUGCGUUGUGACGCUAUUUCUGACCUAUAGACGAGAAUAUUUCAUCUUUACAAAGUUUGUACAACAUGGCAGACAGUCGAAUCCCUUUGGAAGAUAAUCAGUGCCUAUCUUUGAAAAAUGACAAAGCAGUAGCAACGACUUUGAUAAUACAACUAUUGAAUGAGUUAGAAACCAGAAUGGAUUCAACCCAAAAACCAACAUUAGCACGUUUGAAAACGACAUUAACGAAACAAAUAUUCUGUACAGAAGUUUGCAUUAAAAAUGCUCAAGAUCUGAGAGAUCUUUUCAAGAUUUUUAGGGAUUUUCACGGGUGCGUGUUGACAGCGCUGGUGUGUUUUUGUGGUCAUUUUAUCGAAACAGAUCCACGAUAUACCACAGUUAUACAGUCUUAUUAUAUACUUAUCAAGAAGUUUAUGCCAGGGCAAGAAGUCUCUAUCAUUUGGAAAAGAAGGUUCCCAGCGGUGAUACAGAAAUCAGAAUCGAUGCAGGAUGGGAGUCAAACUUGCAUUGACACAUUCAGCAAGUAUCAAGCACGAAAUGACAGCUUUCUUUACAUGAUAUUUACCCAUGACAAGAACAUAGACACUUUGAGUGCAUCUGGGUUUUACGCUACUGGAGAUAAGGAUGAGGUGCGAUGCUACAAUUGUAAUAUUUUCCGAAGAAUUUGGAAACCUGCAGAUGACCCCUUGACAAACCAUGUCCACUCUCAUCCCGAUUGUCCCUAUCGGAAGACGGAAAAGAAUCAAGAAAAGGUUUCAUCGCUUAAUCAAACCACUGCCAAACGCAGAAUGGAUAUUGGUCAGGCAGAAGCUAAAACGGGUCAAAAGCGAAUUAAACAACCACCAGUCACCAAGUACUUUCCUAGAGUGAAGAAAACCAGAAGAAAGGUUAAUAAGCAAAAGAAAGCAAACACGUUUUUGAGUAGGAGGAAGUUGUCCGAGAAUAUAAGAAAAAGAAGACAGAAUAUGCGAACGUUUUACAAAUUCAAUUUUUAUAAAGCGAAUCUGGAUAUGAAAGAGUCCUUACCUAGAGUAAUUCGCCACAACCAUGAACAAUCGGCUGCCACUGCUAUUCGCUCUGAUCACAGUUCGGGAGUCAUUGGCGAUGAACGUUCUCUCUCUGCACUGAAACAUUCCCAGGCAAGUUUCGAAGAAGAGGAGAACUUCAACGAGACAAUGCUGGUUUCUCCAACAAAAGAAAAAGAAACAUGUAUCGUUCGUAAUUCUGACAGGGACUUGGAAAUCAGAACACGACUUGACCAAAAAGGUGAGUUAAAUAGCAUUGAAGAUGCGGAGAAAGCCCGACUUAUGGAUACAAACGAUGUCGGGACCAAUGAUGUUGUAAAUGGCAGGACUGAUGAAACAUUUUCCGGAGACAGGGACAAAAAAAUCACCACUGAUCCAACUUUCAACAUAUUACAACAGGAAAACGGACGUCUAAAUGAACAGUUUAAAUGCAAGAUAUGUCAAAAGGAAAAGAUUUGGUUUGUUUUCAUCCCAUGUGGACACCUCGUCGCUUGUAUCCAGUGUGGGGAGAGAGCAGUGAAGUGUAUUGACUGUAAGUUGAUCAUUCGGGAAAAACGGAAAAUCUAUCUUGUCUAGAUGGGUGAUUUGAUUACCUCUAGUCUUACAGGUAGUAUGUAGACAGAGCCAAAAUGUGUUUUCUUGGUAACAUAAACACUUAAAUGACAAUGAGAACAAAAACACAGAUUGAUAAAAAGGUAAUGGGGGAAAAAAAUGUUAAUUAGAUAAUACCAUUUGUUCGUGUCCAUGGUACAAUACUUCGACAAAUCUUUUGAGUUAUCAGAGCCCAAUUAUGACGUGACGUCAAUUUUAAAUCAUAUUGGAAAUUUCCAAAUUAUUCCUUUUUUAACGUUGGUUGCCUGGACGGAACAGUAACCAUAGAGAAUGGCACGGUACUGUGAUCGUCAAUAUAGUUGUUUCACAAAUCCUUAAAGAAAAAAACGAUAAAAUGAAUUUUAACUUUGUUGUUUUGCAAGGAAAUAGGAGUAUUGAAAUGGAUUUCAAUUCAUUUAGUAAUGUUCAUACGUUGGCUUGAUUUCAAUGUGAACAUCACUAUAGACACUUGAACACUUAACAUAGAUUUGUAGGGAAUAUGGAAGAGAGUGUUUAUUGUGAAUAUGACUAUUAGCACACCUGUUAGUUAACAUGCUGAUUGAUAUUAUGGGCGACCAAUGUGGUUAUCAAUAAAGUAUAAAUAUUAUUUUGCUGUGAAAGUAAUGUUAGUUAAGGUAAUGAAGUUUAUCAAAUACACGUCUGUUUCUAAGUAAAGUUAAGUUAAGGGACAUCAGGUUGUCGCCUAGACCUUUAACAAGAUAUGGUUUUUGAGUCAAUUUCAACUAAAAUGUCAUUAUCAUCACCGUUGAAAAAAACACCACCAACAACCUAAAUAUAUCUUGUCUACAUUUCGUGCUGUCAUCUAGUCAACCAGUUUGCAUUUUUCAAAAUAAGUUUAAGCUUUAGAAGUAGAUAAUGUGUGAUACAUGUAAGUCAUGCUAUGAUAGUUGCUAUUUGCAUUUAUGUUUCAAGACUAUACAGUUUUUAGCUUUAAGACGCACGAUAUAUAUAUAUUAUUUGUGUGGAUCAUUUAUGUAUGGAAAUAUGAUCUCGGAGUUAUAAUAUAACUUUUUAAUUUUAAAGUAACAGUAACCAUUGAUUCGAAUCUAAUUUCAUUUCUUUACCUUUGAUAUAAAAUAAACUGUCAUUUGACUCGAAUUCGUUCAGAAUUAAAAAAGAAAUGGUGGGAACGGUACGGUUCCAAUAUUUGUGUUGUUUAUUUGUGGUUAAUGAGCUAAUAUUUGUAAAUCAGACGUGUUUUGUUGUCAAAGAGGCACACUUACCAAGAUUUUAGUCGCUAAACACUAUAUAUAUGUGUAUCACUACGGAAUAAAUCAGCAUUCAACAACAGUGCUUAUUUAUGAGAUAAAGGCAAAAAGGUUGUUUUUUAUAGAGCACACUAGAAUGUGUCCGUAGGAUUUGAGCUUUGAAAAGAAAAGUGCGAAUUCAAAAUGACAUAACAAUGUUGAAGCCCUUUCCAGCAUACUUUGCGCGUAAACCUUUAUAAAGAAAUAUUUCAUCUGGUUUGAAUACUAUUGUGAAUAUCUGUACAUUUAUUGUUAGUUUAUAUAUAUCUUUUUUCAAUUUCUUCACAUUUAUAAUGCAUCUCUAUACACUUGUUGAGAAUUUCUAUACAUUCAGUUUUGGUAAGGGCAAAGUUAAAUGGUUCUGUUAAAAUGAUCUCAAAUUGAACUUCAGAGUCUAGAUUCUCAACAGAUUUUGAAAAUAUUUCUCCAUAUGAGUUUCUAUGUACAUGUAAGUUAAAUGUAAAUUUUAGCUUUCGAUUCAAAAUUAUACGAUCAAAAUAGAAAGAAGGAGUUUGAUAAUCCUUGUUUAUGAUUACAGUAGUGUUUAUAUUCACAAUAAAUUAAAAACGUUAUGUCUUAACUCUAUGAAUUGCAUCUAUAAAUUAUCAUAUUUAUGUAUGUGUGUAUGUGAUAGAUAAAGGCUACUGUAAACAAGGCAAAUAAAUUAAAGAUUUUUCAUGCAUUUAUAAGACCAAUGAUGAUGAAUUUUUGAUGUAUUUUCCCUUGAUAAUAGUUUAAAUUGAAACAUUAUUUGUAUAAAAACCUUAUUUAGCAGUUUUUACUGUGGUUUGGAUAUGGCUAAACGUUAACAUGCCUGCUAGAUCAAUUAAUUUUGUCAAUAUGGGCCAAGGCACACUUUACAUAUAGCAUGAUAUUAUUUUCUCAGAAUAUGGUAUCACUUCAAAAAGUGUUAAACUAACAAACGCAUCAUCAUAUAUGUUUGUGAACAAUGAAUACUCAUGAAUAUGUAUAAUUCAUAUGCCAAAUAAUGAAACUUAUUUUUUAUUCGUUCCUUGAGUGAUGUUUAAGUAUUGAUUUUAAUGCAAACUCCAUUUCUGUUUCUUUUUUACACAGACUGUUGUUCAAUAUGGUGUCUUUAUAAUGUUUGCGCCAAGUCUGAAGUAUGUAAUUUUAAUAAAACUAUAUGUCAUGGCUCUCACAGACAAAAAAAAUGGCUGCCACAUAAGGUUUUGAUAUAAACAAUAUACUGUAGACACUUGAUGAAUGGUUAUGUUGUUGAUAAAUAUUAUUUUACAUUACAUUCCUUUACAGGUUUAGUGAUUUAAUCUGAUAUACUCUUUCAAGUGCAGAUGUGUUCAUGUAAAAGGUGCAAUUUUAUCCACUUGAUAAAAGUUUUGUCAGGUCAAAAAACAAUAUUAUGCAAUAAAUGAAUAAUAAUAUAUUUAUUUCUUCAUCUCGCCUGAAAAUUUAAAACGAAGAACAAUUAUAAUAGCCUGAAAACAUUAUUGGGACAGUUCAUAGGAGUGAGUCGCAAUGAGUGUUUAGGACAGAUAUUAUGGACAAACAAAAAAAUUGUCUCAGAAAUCCUAGUGCGACCCUAUACAUUUUAAAACAUACUACGUUAAUAAGAGUACUAAAGUGUUAUGUAAAGAUAGUAAUCAUGAAAAAGUAAUUACAAAUGUACACUGACUGUAUUUAGAAAUAUAUAAGCAUUUCUCUAAAAAGUUACACAUUUCUGUGUGUGAAGGUAUUUAACUUUCUUUUAUCUCUGGCGUAGACAUUUAAACACUUGACACACACCAUAUGAUAAACAUGUCUAUGCAUUUUAAAAUUAAAUCAAAGACUGGUGAUCUUUACAUGUUGUUGUUACUUGUUUUUUUUUAUACAUAUAUCAUAUACAUGUUAAAUUAACCGUAUGAAAGCACCUUCACGUAGAAGACGCUAGAAUAUAAAU